GCUACUGCCCCGGGCCCCUCCGCGGAGUGCGCUCCUGCCGCCGCAGCCGCCGCAGCCUGCAUGGGAUCUGUAGCCCCCGCGCCGCCGCCCGGGAUUAAAAGCGCCGCCGCCGCCGGAGCAGCGACCGCGUCCGAACUGUACCGGGUGCAAUGAGCGCUCCGAGCCGGCCCUGCCAUGGAAGGCUGUGACUCACCUGUCAUCCCUGGGAAGGACAAUGGGUGCGGCAUCCCUCAGCACCAGCAAUGGACUGAUCUCAACAGUGCCCACCUCCCUGAUGCAGCCAGCAGCAUGGAGCAGCCUGCAGCAGAGACCCGCGGCCCCCUGGACAGCCUGAGGGUCCCUUUCCCAGAGCACGUCCCCGAGAGCAGCGCCGCGGCUGGCCCUGGCGCCGAGCCCACCGGCAAGGAGGUGAGCUGCGGGCAGUGCGGCGCCUCCUUCGCUGGCCUGCAGAGCUACAUGGAGCACCGUUGCGCCGGCGCCCGCCCGGCCCCGCCGCUGCGCGGGGAGAGCGGGAGCGAGAGUAGUGAAGACGGGGAGGAGGAGAGUGAUGUGGAGAACCUGGCCGGCGAGAUCGUGUACCAGCCUGACGGCUCAGCCUACAUCGUGGAGAGCCUCAGCCAGCUGGUGCAGAGUGGCGGCGCCUGUGGCAGCGGGGCUCUCUCCUCGCUGCUCCCAAACUCUCUGCCCAAGCAGGGAGAGCCCUCCGCCACCGCUCCCGUCUACCCACAGAUCAUCAACACCUUCCACAUAGCCUCAUCCUUCGGGAGGUGGUUUGAGGGUUCAGACCAGGCCUUCCCGAAUACCUCAGCCCUGGCGGGCAUCAGCCCCGUCCUGCACAGCUUCCGCGUCUUUGAUGUGCGACACAAAAGCAACAAGGAUUACCUGAACAGCGACGGUUCUGCCAAAAGCUCUUGCGUAUCCAAAGAUGUUCCCAACAAUGUGGACCUGUCCAAAUUCGAUGGCUUUGUGCUCUACGGGAAGAGGAAGCCCAUCCUGAUGUGUUUCUUGUGCAAGCUGUCCUUUGGGUAUGUCCGCUCGUUCGUGACCCACGCAGUGCACGACCACCGAAUGACUCUGAGUGAGGAGGAGCGGAAAAUUCUUAGCAAUAAGAACAUCUCCGCUAUCAUCCAAGGGAUAGGCAAAGACAAGGAACCCCUUGUCAGCUUUCUGGAACCAAAAAACAAAACCUUUCAGCACCCUCUCGUGUCUGCAGCUAACCUCAUAGGCCCUGGACACAGUUUUUAUGGUAAAUUCAGUGGCAUUUGCAUGGAGGGCGAGCAGGCCCUUCAGGCCGGGGCGGCCAGUGGAGCAGAGCCACCGCCAGCGGGCGUCCUGGCCCCCGGUGCACUCCUCAACCUGGGAGGGCUGACCAGCUCGGCUCUGAAGACUCCUAUUACCUCAGUCCCCCUGGGACCGCUGGCCUCCAGUCCCACCAAACCCUCAGAGGGGAAGGACCUUGGGGUGGCAGAGGGGGAGAAGCAAGAGGGGGGCGAGCAGGACAGCCUCUCGGAAAAGGCAGAGCCAGUUGAGGAGGUGGAGGAGGAAGAAGAGGAAGAUGUGGAAGAGGAGGAGGAGGAAGAGGAAGAGGAGGAAGAGGAAGAAGACGAGGAUGAUGAGGGUUGCAAAGGACUGUUUCCGAGUGAGUUGGAGGAUGAGCUGGAGGAGCGGCCCCAGGAGGAUGCUGGGGCUGUGGCAGGUGGCAGUAGCAGCAGCAAAAAGGACCUUGCUCUCUCAAACCAAAGCAUUUCUAACUCUCCCUUAAUGCCUAAUGUGCUUCAGACCCUGUCGCGGAGCACAGCUUCUACUAGUUCUAAUUCUGCUUCUUCCUUUGUCUUUGAUGGUGCAAGCAGGAGGAAUCACUUAAGCUUUAACAAUGAGGGUGGUGGAGCCAGCGUGGCAGAGGGCAGCAGGAGGCUGGACUUUAUCGAUGAAAGUGCCAAUAAAGACAAUGCCACAGCACCAGAACCAAAUGAGAGUGCGGAGGGCGAGGACGGGAGCUACAUCUCCCAUCACCAGCAUGCUGGCCCCCUCUGUGAGCUUGGGAGUGGGGAGUGCCCUUCGGGGAGCGGCGUGGAGUGCCCAAAGUGCGACACGGUCCUGGGCUCCUCACGGUCACUGGGUGGCCACAUGACUAUGAUGCAUUCUCGCAACUCAUGUAAGACACUCAAGUGUCCCAAGUGCAAUUGGCACUACAAGUACCAGCAGACGCUUGAGGCGCACAUGAAGGAGAAACAUCCCGAGCCGGGUGGCUCUUGUGUGUACUGCAAAAGUGGGCAGCCACACCCACGGCUGGCACGGGGUGAGAGCUACACCUGUGGUUACAAGCCCUUCCGCUGCGAGGUCUGUAACUACUCCACUACUACCAAAGGCAACCUCAGUAUUCAUAUGCAGUCCGACAAGCAUCUCAACAACAUGCAGAACCUGCAGAACGGAGGGGGAGAGCAAGUCUUCAGCCACACUGCCGGGGCAGCGGCAGCGGCAGCAGCAGCCGCAGCGGCUGCAGCAGCCAACAUUGGUAGCACAUGUGGGGCCCCCUCUCCCACCAAACCAAAAACCAAACCGACAUGGCGGUGCGAGGUGUGCGACUAUGAGACCAACGUAGCUAGAAACCUCCGUAUUCACAUGACCAGUGAGAAGCACAUGCACAACAUGAUGCUGCUUCAGCAAAACAUGUCCCAAAUCCAACACAACCGGCACCUGGGCCUCGGCAGCCUGCCAUCACCUGCAGAGGCCGAGCUCUACCAGUACUACCUGGCACAGAACAUGAACCUUCCCAACUUGAAGAUGGACAGCACUUCCUCAGAUGCACAGUUCAUGAUGGGUGGAUUCCAGCUCGAUCCCACCAAUCCCAUGGCAACGAUGGCUCCAUCUCUAGUGGGUGGAGAGAUCCCCCUGGACAUGCGGUUAGGUGGUGGACAGCUGGUGUCUGAGGAGUUAAUGAACCUGGGUGAGAGUUUCACACAAACAAAUGACCCAUCGCUGAAGCUGUUCCAGUGUGCUGUGUGCAACAAGUUCACUACAGAUAAUUUGGACAUGCUGGGCCUCCACAUGAAUGUGGAGCGUAGCCUCCCUGAAGAUGAGUGGAAGGCAGUGAUGGGGGACUCGUACCAGUGCAAGUUGUGCCGCUACAACACACAGCUCAAGGCAAACUUUCAACUCCACUGUAAGACAGACAAGCAUGUGCAGAAAUACCAGCUGGUAGCACAUAUCAAGGAGGGUGGAAAGGCCAAUGAAUGGAGGCUGAAGUGUGUGGCCAUUGGGAAUCCGGUACACCUGAAAUGCAAUGCGUGCGACUACUACACCAACAGUCUAGAGAAGCUGCGUCUUCACACAGUGAACUCGAGGCAUGAGGCCAGCCUGAAGCUGUAUAAGCACCUUCAGCAUCAUGAGAGUGGGGUUGAAGGUGAAAGCUGCUAUUACCACUGUGUCCUCUGUAACUACUCCACCAAGGCCAAGCUGAACCUUAUCCAGCAUGUGCGCUCCAUGAAACACCAGCGGAGUGAAAGCCUACGGAAGCUGCAGCGCCUCCAGAAAGGUCUUCCUGAAGAAGAGGAAGACCUGGGACAGAUCUUCACCAUCCGGAAAUGUCCGGCAGCUGAAGCUGAAGAAUCCAUUGAAGAUGUGGAAGGGCCCAAUGAAACAUCUGGUGAUGCUGAAGAGCCUGCCAAGGACCAGGAGGGUGGAGGGGACAAGGACCAGAGUAAAUGGACAGCGACAGCCAGCCAGGCAGAGAAGGAGCUGACAGAGUCUCCAGCAUCCUCUAAACGAAUAUCGUUUCCCAGCAGCUCUGAGUCGCCUCAUUCCUUUAAAUGGUCAAAAACUUCAGAGGAGACCAAAUCAGAGCAGAUGUAUCAGUGUCCAUAUUGCAAGUACAGUAACACAGACGUGAAUCGGCUGCGGGUGCACACCAUGACCCAGCACUCGGUGCAGCCCAUGCUCCGCUGCCCGCUCUGCCAGGACAUGCUGAACAACAAGAUCCAUUUGCAGCUGCACCUCACCCAUCUGCACAGUGUGUCGCCUGACUGUGUUGAGAAGCUCAUCAUGACGGUGACAACACCUGAGGUGAUGAUGCCUAGCAGUAUGUUUCUCCCAGCAGCCACUCCAGAAAAAGAUGGGAACUCCGCUGCGGAGGAGCUGGGGAAGCAGCAUGAGAUCCCUGAGGACUCAGGAAAGGGUCUUCUGCCAUUGGACAGCACAGAGCACACCGGAGAUCCCAAGCCGGUUCUGGCCGAUCCAAGCUCUGCCAGGGAGGACUCCAGCUUCCUCUGUUGGAAGAAAGGCUGCAACCAGGUGUUCAAGAGCUCGGCAGCCCUGCAGACACACUUCAAUGAGGUCCAUGCAAAGCGGCCUCAGCUGCCGGUGUCCGAUCGCCACGUCUACAAGUACCGCUGUAACCAGUGCAGCCUGGCUUUCAAAACCAUUGAGAAGCUGCAGCUUCAUUCCCAGUACCAUGUCAUCCGGGCAGCCACCAUGUGCUGCCUCUGCCAACGCAGCUUCCGAACCUUCCAGGCCCUGAAGAAGCACCUGGAAACCAGCCAUCUGGAGCUGAGUGAGGCUGACAUUCAGCAGCUCUAUGGUGGUCUCUUGGUCAAUGGAGACCUCCUUGCGAUGGGUGAUCCUUCGCUUGCAGAAGAUCACACUAUCAUAGUUGAGGAAGAUAAGGAGGAGGAGAGCGACUUGGAAGAUAAGCAGAGUCCAACAGGUAGUGAUUCAGGGUCAGUGCAAGAGGACUCUGGCUCAGAACCAAAAAGGGCCUUACCCUUCAGAAAGGGCCCUAACUUCACUAUGGAGAAAUUCCUAGAUCCGUCUCGCCCAUACAAGUGCACAGUCUGCAAGGAGUCUUUCACACAAAAGAACAUUCUCCUGGUCCAUUACAAUUCAGUUUCUCACCUGCAUAAACUGAAAAGAGCCCUCCAAGAGUCUGCUACAGGGCAGCCUGAACCGACCAGCAGCCCAGACAACAAGCCUUUUAAGUGUAACACCUGCAACGUGGCCUACAGUCAGAGCUCAACCUUGGAGAUCCAUAUGAGGUCUGUCCUGCACCAAACCAAGGCUCGCGCUGCCAAACUGGAAGCGGCUGGGGGCAGCGGCAGCAGUAAUGGAGCUGGCAGCAGCAGUAGCAGCAGUCUUUCUUUGGGUUCAUCCACACCAAGUCCAGUGAACGCUACCAACAGUAAUACUUUUACAGCCACCAACACAAGUAAUUCGGGCCCAGUUCCCAUUCCCAGCCUGCUCAACCAGGUAGCCAGUGACAACAUGGGAAUUCCUACAUUAGGUAACCCUGUAAGCGCUAGUAGCUCCUCUGCUUCGGAGCCCAAAGAGGUAAACCGAAAGAAGUUGGCAGACAUGAUUGCAUCGAGACAGCAGCAGCAGCAGCAGCAGCAGCAGCAGCAGCAGCAGCAAGCUCAAACCCUGGCCCAGGCCCAGGCCCAAGUCCAGGCCCAUCUGCAACAAGAACUGCAGCAGCAGGCUGCUCUUCUGCAGUCCCAGCUCUUCAACCCAGCACUUUUGCCGCACUUUCCAAUGACCACUGAGACCCUUCUGCAGCUUCAGCAGCAGCAGCAUCUUUUGUUUCCUUUCUACAUCCCUAGUGCCGAGUUCCAGCUCAAUCCAGAAGUUAGUUUGCCUGUCACCAGUGGUGCGCUGACAUUGACUGGUACAGGUCAGAGUUUGCUGGAGGACCUGAAGGCUCAAGUUCAGAUCCCUCAGCAGAGCCAUCCACAGCUCUUACAGCAGCAGCAAGGCCAGCUCUCCUUGUCACAACCUCACUCCGUCCUUAUACAGAAGAGCCAGCACCCUGAGAAGAAGAAUAAAUCCGUACUGAAGGAGAAAGAAAAAGAAACCCCAAGGGAAAGGGAAAGUGCAGAGAGGGGAGACAGUAGUGUAGCAUCUAAAGAGUCUCUACCUGAUAACUUAAAGCCCAAAGAAAAGAAGGACUUUGUACCAGGCAGUAGUUCAGAGCCUUCCUUACUGCCGCCACGCAUUGCCUCUGAUGCAAGAGGGAAUGCCACAAAAGCCUUGCUGGAAAACUUUGGCUUUGAGCUUGUCAUUCAGUAUAAUGAGAACAAGCAGAAGGUGCAGAAGAAAAAUGGGAAGACAGAGCAAGGUGAGAACUUGGAAAAGCUCGAGUGUGACACAUGUGGCAAGUUCUUUUCAAACAUCCUCAUCCUGAAGAGCCACCAAGAGCAUGUUCACCAACAUUACUUUCCCUUCAAGCAGUUAGAGAGAUUUGCCAAACAAUACAGAGAACACUAUGACAAACUGUACCCACUGCGGCCUCAGACCCCAGAGCCACCACCACCACCUCCUCCGCCACCACCUCCACUUCCUCCAGCACCUCCUCAGCCGGCUUCAACUCCUACCAUCCCUACGUCUGCCCCACCGAUUACCUCUCCUACGAUCGCACCAGCCCAGACAUCUGUGCCGCUCACCCAGCUCUCCAUGCCAAUGGAGCUCCCCAUCUUUUCACCACUGAUGAUGCAAACCAUGCCACUACAGACGUUACCUGCGCAGCUGCCACCCCAGCUGGGUCCUGUAGACCCUCUGCCUGCCGACUUGGCCCAGUUGUACCAGCAUCAGCUCAACCCUAGCCUUCUCCAGCAGCAGCAGAACAAGAGGCCACGGACGCGGAUCACCGACGACCAACUCAGAGUCCUUCGGCAGUAUUUCGAUAUUAACAAUUCCCCGAGUGAGGAACAGAUCAAAGAGAUGGCGGACAAAUCUGGACUGCCCCAGAAAGUGAUCAAGCACUGGUUCAGAAACACUCUUUUCAAAGAACGCCAGCGCAACAAGGAUUCCCCAUACAAUUUCAGUAAUCCUCCCAUUACCAGCCUAGAAGAACUGAAGAUAGACUCACGGCCUCCUUCUCCAGAACCUCAAAAGCAGGAGUACUGGGGAAGCAAGCGGUCCUCCCGGACACGCUUUACUGACUACCAGCUCAGAGUCCUGCAGGACUUCUUUGAUGCCAAUGCUUAUCCAAAGGAUGAUGAAUUUGAGCAGCUUUCUAACUUGCUGAACCUCCCAACACGUGUUAUAGUGGUGUGGUUUCAGAAUGCCCGUCAGAAGGCUAGGAAAAACUAUGAGAAUCAGGGAGAAGGCAAAGAUGGGGAACGACGGGAGCUUACAAAUGACAGGUAUAUUAGAACAAGCAACUUGAACUACCAGUGCAAAAAGUGCAGUCUCGUAUUUCAGCGCAUUUUUGAUCUCAUUAAACACCAGAAAAAGCUUUGUUACAAAGACGAGGAUGAGGAUGGACAGGAUGAUAGCCAGAAUGAAGACUCUAUGGAUGCAAUGGAGCUCUUAACUCCAACCAGUUCCUCCUGCAGCACACCAAUGCCCUCACAAGCUUACAGCACACCUACAUCUUCAGCCAAUGCAACCUCCUCAGCUUUUCUGCAGCUCACAGCAGAGGCAGAUGAUUCCUCCACCUAUAGUUCUAAAGUAGAAGCUACAGAAGAGAAACCAAAGCAGCCUGAACCUCCAAGUACACAGCAAAACCAAACUCAAGAGAAGCAAGUGCAACCAAAGCAAGAGUCUCAACAGCAACAGGACCAAGGAGAACAAAAGACAAGUUCAGCACACCAAAAGAUUUCACAGUUAUCCUCCCCUUCUUCAUUGCAACAGCCACCUCCCCCUCCUCAGCCCCCUCAGUGCUCCUUGUCACAGUCAAGCCCAAGUCCAUCUCAGCUCUCGCAUCUCUCCCUCAAACCCAUUCAUACAUCCACCCCUCAACAGCUGGCAAACCUACCUCCUCAGCUAAUCCCAUACCAGUGUGACCAGUGUAAGCUGGCAUUUCCUUCAUUUGAGCAUUGGCAGGAGCAUCAGCAACUUCAUUUUCUGAGCGCACAGAACCAGUUUAUCCACCCCCCAUUCCUGGACAGAACCCUGGAUAUGCCGUUCAUGCUUUUUGAUCCCAGUAAUCCACUACUUGCAAGCCAGCUGCUAUCUGGGGCAUUACCACAAAUUCCAGCAAGCUCAGCCACUUCACCAUCAACUCCAACAUCCACAAUGAACACACUGAAGAGAAAGCUGGAAGAAAAGGCCAGUGCAAGUCCUGGAGAAAAUGACAGUGGGACUGGAGGAGAAGAACCACAAAGGGAUAAACGUCUAAGGACUACGAUUACCCCAGAGCAGCUGGAAAUUCUUUAUCAGAAAUACUUGCUCGACUCCAACCCAACGCGGAAAAUGUUGGAUCACAUUGCUCAUGAAGUGGGCUUGAAGAAACGCGUGGUUCAAGUUUGGUUUCAGAACACGCGUGCACGGGAAAGGAAGGGGCAGUUCAGAGCCGUAGGGCCUGCCCAAGCCCAUAGACGGUGUCCCUUCUGCCGAGCUCUCUUUAAAGCAAAGACAGCUCUGGAAGCUCAUAUCCGAUCCCGUCACUGGCAUGAGGCCAAGAGAGCUGGGUACAACUUGACAUUGUCUGCUAUGCUCUUGGAUUGUGAUGGGGGACUGCAAAUGAAGGGAGAUAUCUUUGAUGGAGGAAGCUUUUCCCACAUGCCACCAACAAGCAGUGAUGGACAUACUGUUCCUCUCUCCCCAGUGAACAAGAGCAUGGAACUGUCACCUCGAACUCUGCUGAGUCCAUCCUCCAUUAAGGUUGAAGGGAUGGAAGACUUUGAGAGUCCCUCCAUGUCCUCAGUCAAUCUGAGCUUUGACCAAACAAAGCUGGACAAUGAUGACUGCUCUUCUGUCAACACUGCAAUCACAGACACUACAACAGGAGAUGAAGGGAAUGCAGACAAUGAUAGUGCCACAGGGAUUGCAACCGAAACCAAAUCAACAUCGGGACCCAGUGAAGGUCUCACAAAAGCUGCCAUGAUAGCAAUGUCUGAAUAUGAAGAUCGUCUGUCUUCUGGCCUGGUCAGCCCAGCUCCCAGCUUUUACAGCAAGGAGUAUGAUAAUGAAGGUACUGUGGACUAUAGUGAAACAUCCAGCCUUGCAGACCCCUGCUCACCCAACCCUGGUGCAAGUGGUUCAGCCAGCAAGUCUGGAGAGAGUGGUGAUCGGCCUGGGCAGAAACGCUUUCGCACUCAGAUGACUAAUCUCCAGCUAAAAGUUCUUAAGUCAUGCUUUAAUGACUACAGGACACCUACCAUGCUGGAGUGUGAGGUCCUGGGCAAUGACAUUGGACUGCCAAAGAGAGUUGUUCAGGUCUGGUUCCAGAAUGCUAGAGCAAAGGAGAAGAAGUCCAAACUCAGCAUGGCCAAGCAUUUUGGUAUAAACCAAACAAGUUACGAGGGACCCAAAACAGAGUGCACUUUGUGUGGCAUCAAGUACAGCGCUCGACUGUCUGUACGUGACCAUAUCUUCUCUCAACAGCAUAUCUCCAAAGUUAAAGAAACCAUUGGAAGCCAGUUGGAUAAGGAAAAGGAGUAUUUUGACCCAGCUACUGUACGUCAGUUGAUGGCUCAACAGGAGCUGGACCGGAUCAAAAAAGCCAAUGAGGUUCUUGGUCUGGCAGCUCAACAGCAGGGCAUGUUUGAUAACACCCCUCUGCAAGCUCUUAACCUUCCUGCUGCAUACCCAGCACUACAGGGCAUCCCUCCAGUCUUACUCCCAGGCCUCAACAGCCCAUCCUUACCAGGCUUCACUCCAUCCAACACAGCUUUAACUUCUCCCAAACCCAACCUGAUGGGUCUGCCCAGCACAAGCGUCCCUUCGCCUGGCCUCCCGACCUCUGGAUUACCAAAUAAGCAGCCGCCGGCCACACUGAGCUCGCUCACCCCGGCACAAGCCACCGCAGCCGUGGCCCCGCAGCAGCCGCCAGCAACGACGCCGCAGCCGCAGCAGACACCCCAGCCACAGCGUAAGGAGAAGGAGAGUGAGAAGGCAAAAGAGAAGGAGAAGGCACCCAAGGGGAAGGCGGAGCCCCUGCCAGGGCCCAAGAAGGAGAAGGGGGAGGCAGCGGUGGGUGCCCUUUCAGCCCCACUACCCACCAUGGAGUACGCCGUGGAGCCCACCCAGCUCCAGGCGCUGCAGGCCGCCCUGAAUUCAGACCCCACCACCUUGCUAACGAGCCAGUUCCUUCCUUACUUCGUCCCCGGCUUUUCCCCCUACUAUGCCCCGCAGAUCCCUGGCACCCUGCAGAGCGGGUACCUGCAGCCCAUGUACGGGAUGGAGGGGCUCUUCCCAUACAGCCCAGCGCUGUCACAGGCACUGCUGGGGCUGUCCCCCGGCUCCCUGCUGCAGCAGUACCAGCAAUACCAGCAGAGUCUGCAGGAGGCAUUGCAGCAGCAGCAGCAACAGCAACGGCAGGCGCAGCAGCAGCAGCAGCAGCAGCAGCAGCAGCAGAAAGUGCAGCAGCCCAAAGGAAGCCAAACCCCCGUCCCCGCGGGGGCUGCCACCCCGGACAAAGACCCUGCCAAAGAACCCCCCAAGCAAGAAGAGCAAAAGAACGCACCCCGCGAGGUGUCCCCCCUCCUGCCCAAACCCCAAGAAGAGCCCGAAGCAGAAGGCAAGGGCGCAGACUCCCUCUGCGACCCCUUCAUUGUCCCGAAGGUGCAGUACAAGCUGGUCUGCCGCAAGUGCCAGGCGGGCUUCAGCGACCAGGAGGCGGCCAGCGACCACCUGAAGUCCCUCUGCUUCUUCGGCCAGUCCAUGGCGAACCUGCAAGAGAUGGUGCUUCACGUGCCCACCGGCAGCAGCCAGGGCAGCGGCUCGUACCAGUGCGUGGCGUGCGAGAGCACGGUGUGUGGGGACGAAGCCCUCAGUCAGCAUCUCGAGUCAGCCCCGCACAAACACCGAACAAUCACCAGAGCAGCAAGAAACGCCAAAGAGCACCCCAGUCUAUUACCUCACUCUGCCUGCCCCCCCGACCCCAGCACCGCAUCUACCUCGCAGUCGGCCGCUCACUCAAAUGACAGCCCCCCGCCCCCCCGGGCCCCCCCGGCUUCCCCCCACGCCGCCAGAAAGCCCUGGCCCCCGGCAGCCCCCCGCGCCCCACCGGGGAAGCCACCGCCGCCGCCUUUCCCUCCUCUCUCCUCAUCUUCAACGGUUACCUCAAGUUCAUGCAGCACCUCAGGGGUUCAGCCCUCGAUGCCAACAGACGACUAUUCGGAGGAGUCUGACACGGAUCUUAGCCAAAAGUCAGAUGGACCGGCGAGCCCGGCGGAGGGGCCCCGGGACCCCGGCUGCCCUAAGGACAGUGGUCUAGCUAGUGUAGGAAUGGACACCUUCAGAUUGUAAGCUUUGAAGAUGAACAAUGAAAAUGAAUUUAAAUGAAAAAAAAAAAGUUAAUAACAAACCAAUUUCAAAAAUAGACUAACUGCAAUUCCAAAGCUUCUAACCAAAAAAAAGAAAAAAGAAAAAAAGAAAAAGCGUGGGUUGUUUUCCCAUAUAACGAUGCCGGUGGGUUUUACAUUUCUUUUUUUCCUUUCCUUUUACUAAAAUAAAACUACAAAAAAAAAAAAAAAAAAAAAAAAGAAGAAAAAAAAAUCUGUUACAUUUGUCCUUUCGAAGGUACUGUUGGUCUGGGAGACAAAAGCCUGUGCUGUCUCCUCACUGUCUUCGGAGCUUGAGUCCCUUGUAUAUUGCCCCUUUUCAACCGCCCCACGUCGAUAGCACAGCAGAGGCCGGCACGCACUGUAUGGGAAAGCAGCCCACCUUGUUACAGUUUUAAAUUUCUUGCUAUCUUAGCAUUCAGAUACCAAUGGCUUGCUAAAAGAAAAAAAGAAAUGUAAUGUCUUUUUAUUCUCAGGUCAAUCGCUCACACUUUGUUCUGUUUUCAGAAUCAUUGUUUUAUAUAUAUAUAUAAUUUC